AUGGGAUGCAGCAAAAUUCACGAGCGUGCAUUCCCUUAUAUCGAUACACUCACGAUGACUGGCAACAACUUCGGCGAUAUAUCAGAGGGACUUUUUACUGAAGGAGAAGUGCAUCGCAGCUUGUCACUGAUGAAUCUCACUGGCAACAGCAUCACUAAGGUCUCAUCACUAACAUUCAAGAGCACACCAGCCGUACAAUUCCUCUACCUCAACAAUAAUAACAUAAAACAGGCUGGACGAUAUCCAUUUGAGCCCAUGAAAAGAUUGCGAUUGCUGGACAUGACCGCUGCGCUCGGACGACGACCGGCCGAGUCGAAAGCGGAUUUAAUCUCGGUACUUUUUGAGACCGAUAUGAGAGGCCUUGUAGAACUUGCCGAGCUGAAACUCGCCAAAAAUCACAUUGAAAAGCUUCACAAGGACACAUUCUGUAAGUUUUCAACAACACUAUGGGAUUCUCUGGAAUCGCUUAGCACACUAGACAUCUCCAGUAAUCCACUACAUUGUGACUGUACGCUACAACCGUUCGUGACGUUGGCAAAGCAGGAGAAGUACAGUUUUGUUAAUCAGGGCAAGACAUUCUGCGCAUCGCCAUCGAACCGAGUCGGAAAGAACCUAUUCGAGCUAAAGGAGGAUUUGUGCCAAGCGAGCAGCUGGGGUUUAGGCACCUUCAUUCUUCUGCUUGUCAUCUCUGCUGCUUGUAAGCAUUAUUCUCGAUUCGAUGUUCUCAUUUUUAAAGGUCUUUUCGCUUAUCGUUACUACCGUAGCCGUACGCCAAGAAGAUCAGGGUUCCAGUUCGGAUAUAGUGGAUUGGACUGUGAAGAUGAUACGGUUCGACCGGAAUUUGUCUAA